AUGAAACAAGCUGUGACGCCUAAACAUGACAAAUCCUUUGUGCAGGAUCUACAAAACUCGUGUGAGGUCCUUGUGAGUCAGAUGCCUGUUUUAGCAAUCAGGGGAGAGACAUUGAACAUACAAAUAACGCAAUCUGAGUAUGAAAGAGUGGUUGAAGAUUGCAAGAGAAACCUUCAUGGUGGACUAGUUCUCAAUAAAGGCGACAAAUUUGUGACGGCCAGAGACUUGAAAGCAAAACUGUCUAUGGUUUGGAAAACUAGAAAUUUGUGGCAUAUGGUGUCUCUCGGAAGGGGAUUUUAUGAAUUUCAGUUUACCUCUUAUGAGGACAUGCGAUUAGCAUGGUCUAUAGGAUCCAUGAAUCUCAAACUGGAGAUUUUACGUUUGUCAAAGUGGACCAAUGAUUUUAAUUCCGUUAUUGGAACUCCACUCUUGCUGGAUGAGUCUACCAAAACUAAGGCUUUUGGCCAUUACGCGUGUAUUUUGGUGGAUAUCAAUCUCUCUCGCCGAAGGUUUGAUGAAAUUGUGGUCGAAAGAGAGGGAUAUGCUUUUAAAUUGGGGGUUGUUUAUGAAUGUCUUCCUACGUUUUGUCCACACUACACGACUAUUGGACACGAUUUAACCUCAUGUAGGUGGAUUCAUCCGACCAAAGAGACGGCGAAGGCUGAAGUCAUGCAGCCCAUGGUACCGAAGAAACCGCAACCACAAUAUGUUGUAAAAAACAAGCAUGAUACGUCUGGCGACUUGGAAAACUCGGUUGUAGUUGAUACUUUGCAGCUCGCGCAAGAACAAGCUAAGCUACAACUUGAACAACAUACACCGGUGCCGGAACAAUCUGUAGAAGAUAAUAUAGAUAAUAUCAUUACCGUGGAGGGAAAUGCCGAUCGAGUUAUUAAGUCCUCUACCUCCUUCACAUGGAAUUGGAAAACGUUAGAGAUGAAAUUGCUCAUGGAGAACACAAGGGAGGAAUAUCAGACGCAGGCAUACCGAGCUAACAGUGACAACGAGGAGGAAUUCACUAUCUUGGUUGAACUUGUGCAAGAAGGCGUUCCUGAGACUCAGUUGGAGUUGGAGGUAACUAGUCAGUCCACUGCUAGUAAAAGCACUGAGACCAUCCCUGGAACUAGCGUGGACAAUGUCUUUCGGGACACACAAGGUCGUGCACUUCCUUUGGUCACACAAAUGGAUAUGCAAGUUAUAAGACAAGCUUGGGCAGACACUGCGGAAUAA